GGGAUGUCUGGCUUGGGGUAUAAAGCAGUCUCUGCUGGAUAGAGAGCUCACUUGGACUCCAUACAGACCAAUGACCAAUUAAACUGCCCAGAACGACUACAGGACGAGAAAACAGCAAGUAGGUUUUUAUGCCGUUUGUAGGCCAUUCAUACAUAUCUGACUAUAUUAAUAUUGCGUGAACUGGUAUUUUAAAUAGUAUUUUUCUUCCUUCCAGGUCAACUAAUAGACAAAUAUCCAAGGGUCAUGAUUGAACAAUUUCAGGGAAUUAAUAUUUCCCACAGUGUGUUCAUCUUUGUGGGAUUUCCAAACAUCUACGAGUACAGAGUGCUGCUUUUCUUGAUGUUUUUCGUGACUUACAUUGUGAUCUGGCUGGGAAACUCUUUGCUGGUAUACGUGAUUAGAAAUGUCAAGAGUCUCCACAGCCCCAUGUACGUGCUGAUAUGUUGCUUAGCUGUAGUGGACAUAGUGGUAGCCACAGUUAUCCUCCCCAACAUGCUGCUCGGCUUCCUGUUGGACUGGAGUGACAUCUCCCUCGCCGGCUGUUUGACUCAGAUGUUCUUCACUCACUUCCUGUCGUCAGUGGAGUCCACCAUCCUCCUGGCCAUGGCUCUGGACCGCUACGUGGCCAUCUGCUUCCCACUACGCUACGCUCGCGUCAUGAACUCCGCCGUGUUGGUCAAACUGCUGCUGUUCACCGUGGUGAGGAGUGGCACCAUCAUGUCCGUCCUGGUGGCUUUGGCUGGUUCUUUGUCCUACUGUGGAUCCAACGUGAUCCCCCAUUGCUACUGCGAUCACAUGGCCCUGGUCAGUCUAGCGUGUGACAGCACGGAGAGGAGCGCGGCUAUGGGAUUGGCGGUGAUUGUCUGUUUUGUGGGAAUUGACAUUUGCGUCAUUGUUUUGUCCUACGUAAAGAUCUUGACUGAGGUACUGAGGGUCGCGGCAGGUGAAGAGAGGCGGAAGGCUUUCCAUACUUGUGGCACUCACCUUAUCGUGAUGAUGUGUUUCUAUCUGGUGGGCACUGUCACAUUUCUGUCAUAUAAUCUUAAAAUUCAAAUUCUAACCGACGUCCACACUUUUCUAGGGGUGUUGUAUAUAAUUUUCCCUGCUAGCGUCAAUCCAAUCAUCUACGGUGUUCGGACAAAGGAGAUAAGACACCGCAUUUUGAACAUGUUCAAAACAAGGGUUAACAUGGUACAGGUCGUGACUGUCACCAUGUGAUUCUUUCCCAAGCUCAACUUUAGUUGGGAUUAGAUAUGUAAACACGUGGACAUACAUGUUCUCUUUCAUCAGCAAAUGGGCCUGAUUUAAAAUACAAUUUAAAGUAUUUCAAAACAAGUAUUUAACAACCUCUAUUGGGAAGAGUAAAAUGUGUGCAUGCAUAACUAACUUUAAAUACAUUUUGCCAUUGGUGGUAGCUGAAAGGCAAGCGCUUUCAAAGUGCAUUUUUCUAUGAUUUGGUGUUUCUUAAAACUUAAUUUAUUCUAAAGAAUCAGCUCAUAAAACCAGCAGACAU